UUAAACGUGUGGGUUGGGAACUGGAGAGAGUGUGUUGUCUCGCUUGGGGCCCCCGAUGCCAGAGUUCUAGCUUUCAUCACACUGGGUGAAAGAUUUCUCCUGGACAUUUCGCUCUCUGUGGCUACAGGCUCCAUGUUCAGUGCAGUAUUUCUAGUGGUUGGCUGUCUGUUGCAAAGGAAAGUAGUAACCACAGAGGGGCAUCGUGGGACCAACCGCUAUGUCUUCUAUGCAGUGCAUAUGGACGGAGGCAUCAGAUCUGCCAGAGCUCUGGCCGAACAGCACGGACUGGAGUUCAUACAACGGGUGGGCAGCCUGGAGGGUAUGUACAACCUGAGAGACAGUAGGUGGCGCUCUGACAGAGCCACCUUUGAGAACAGACUUGCAACUGCAGCAGGGGUUCACUGGCUACAGAGGCAGCACAGUCAUUAUAGAGAGAAGCGGGUUCCUGUGAAAGGACUGGACCACAGCACCGCUCACAGUUCCCAGAGGAGAGAGUAUGCAACUGACAGGCAGCCUGAGGAGAAUAAGAGUGACCAGUCCCUCACCUUCAAUGACCCGCUCUGGCCCAUGCAGUGGGAACUGUUUGCACAGGGCGAGUACAACUCCAGUGGGUUUGACCUGAAUGUGAUGCCAGUUUGGAGCAAAAACAUCACGGGUAAUGGAGUGGUGGUCAGCAUCAUUGAUGACGGUGUAGAUCACACAAAUAAGGACCUGAGGAAAAACUUUGAGGCCCUCGCCAGUUUUGACCUAUGUGCUUCACACAGUCUGUCUUAUGAUCCCAUGCCUGUCAGAGAUGAGGAGAAUAGUCAUGGGACCCGGUGUGCAGGGGAAGUUGCAAUGGAGGCCAACAACUCCUACUGCGGUGUGGGCAUUGCCUUCAAUGCCAGGAUUGGAGGUAUCCGCUUGUUGAACUGCUCUGUCACUGAUGCCAUGGAGGCCACAGCUCUGACCAUCAACAUCCACUUCAUCGACAUCUAUGUCUGCAGCUGGGGCCCGCGGGACGACGGGGCCGAGAUGGACGGGCCGCACAGCCUGACAGAGCAAGCCCUCCGGCUAGGAACUCACAAGGGCCGAGAUGGGAAGGGCAGCAUCUUUGUGUGGGCGGCAGGUAAUGGUGGAAUGCAUCAUGACCACUGCGGUGCAGACGGCUAUGUUAACUCCAUCCACAACAUUGCCAUCGGCGCUGUCACUCAAACAGGGGAGCCCGCCUACUUUGGCGAGCCCUGCCCUGGGGUGAUGGCCGUCACUCUAACAGGGGCCAGCGUGGGAGGCUCACUACCUCUGGUCACUGUGACCAACACUGGUGAUGGCUGUGUUACACACUUUCCAGGAACAUCCAGUGCUGCUCCAAUAGCUGCAGGAAUUCUGGCUCUCGUCUUAGAAGUAAACCCUGAGCUGACGUGGAGGGGUGUUCAGCAUUUGAUCGCCAAGACAGCAAAGAUCCCUGACCCCAAAGAGCCCGGGUGGAACAUCAACGCAGCAGGAUACCAUGUUCACCAUAGGUAUGGCUUUGGAUUGUUGGAUGCAGGGCUGAUGGUGCAGCAGGCUGCACACUUUAAAGCUGUUGCUCCACAGAGGAAGUGCACCCAAGAUGUCACACUUUAUCCCACUAGGAUCCUUUCUUCAGGAGGCGAGGUCAGUGUGAACAUCCAAUCAGAGGCCUGCCAUGGGAGGCCUAAUGAAAUCAAUACUCUGGAGCACGUUCAGGUGAGAGUGAGCAUCAGCACUGUGUGUCGCGGUGACCUCUCCAUAAGCCUGGAGUCUCCAGGUGGCACAGUAUCUCUGCUGUUGGACACGCGACCCAAUGACGCCUCCACCGCCGGCCUGAAAAACUGGACCCUGAUGACUGUGCACUGCUGGGGCGAGCAGCCGCGUGGCCUUUGGACCCUCCGGGUGACCGACCACAGGGGCACAGUGAGGAGCUGCAUCAGGCUGACUGAAGAGGAGGCAGCCGGAGCCUUGCUCAGUGUUACACUCAUCCUCUAUGGCACCUACCACCCACACAGGACCAGGCAUGAGAGACCCCUGCGGCACAUUGUGUCCAUGGGGUCCCGUCACCCUGUUCCUCACAGGGGGUUGUACCAGAGGGCCAGUUACCCACCUCUGGCCCUGAUACAAUGGGCCUACCAAAUGGAGAGAGACAAGAAGGUGCGGGCUGCUGAUAUCACCUUACCAGCCAGACCCAAGACAUGGAAGAUUUUUGGAAACUUAGGGGUGGAUAACCAGACCCCAGACGAGCCCCGGACGUCCAGUAUGGCUCUCCAGUUACAAAGGACAAAUGUACAGGAACGUACGAGACCUGCUGCCGCGAAGGAACUUCACGAGACAAAGACCACCACGGAUGAUGUGAACCUAGAGAUUAGGUCCUUCCCAACGCAGAUCCUCCAGGAUGUUGUCAUGCUGGAGGCGCAACAGCCAGACUCAUCAGACCAGGAGUUGGAAGAACUGUGAGCAGAGAGGCAGGGGAAUGGAGGGGGGGCGGUGGGUAGGGGAGUGAAGAAACAAAUAUGAACCGUGGUUAAAUAA